AUGAGAUACUCACAUGUCUGUAGAGACCUUUUGGUGGGUGCAUUAUUAUUUGGGUCCGCUUAUGCUUUGCCAACUUACGAGGAUGAAGAAGCGUCAAGUUCGGUUGUCCUUGAGUCCUCAGCCAAGAUCUCCACCUCAACAGCCCUCCGAAUCCUCGCCCUAGGUGAUAGCAUUACUUACGGCUUCAACGAGAACCCGUCAAACUCCUACCGGAAAUUCGUGCAGUGCUCACUCCACACAUCCGGAGUGGCUGCAACCUACAUCGGCACCACCACCAGCGGUGACUGGGCCAACAACGCAGUCGAUGGCUACGUAGGGCAAACCAUCGAGCAGAUUGGCUCAUCUGCUUCCUGGAUCUUGAGCCAAAUCCCACCACCGAAUCUGGUACUUUUGCAUGCUGGCUCGAAUGAUAUCUUGCAUUCGGUAAAUGUGGCAACUGCGCCAGAGAGGUUGGGGACUCUGAUCGACAAAGUGAUCAAGGCGACCGGGGCGUCGGUAUUGGUUGCGAAGAUCAUCAGACUCGGUGAAGGAUACACGGAAUAUAAUACUUUGGUCGAUAAGUAUAACGCUGCUAUACCAGGUGUUGUCGCUACAAGGGUGGCGGCGGGAAAGAAUGUCAAGGUCGUGGAUAUGAGUGGGCAAGUUAACGCUAAUGAGCUUAUCGAUGGGAUUCACCCAACUGCGAAAGGAUAUAGGAAGAUGGCUGCUGCUUGGCUUGCUGGGCUGAAUGGUUUGACUGUCAAAAAUGUCACCGGCACUUUUGUUGACUUGGGAGCGAGUGCUGUGCCGAGUAGUGGAAAGUGUGCUGAUCUCGCAGCUUGA